GAAGACCAGGGGCUCUCAGAGUUGGUGAUCUCUACACUAGAGGAUGUACCUGUGUAAAGGAGAACACCACUGAGAUCCUUUCAUUUUGACAUCCCACAAGUAAUGAAUCUGUGAGAGGAACAUCCAGAGAAGCACACUUGAAAAUGGCAGACAAGGAUAGUGUGGAAAAGUACUUGGAGAAUAACCCCCAGUUCGCCAAAGAGUAUUUCGACAAGAAGGUCAGAUGUGAGGCCAUCACCGCCGCUUUUAAAGAGACCCUAGACAUCAAAGACGGGGCCUCGUUCAAAGAUGUCAGCCAAAUCCAGGAGGCCAACAUCAUCUUUGACAUGGUCAAAGAAUUGCAGUCACAGACGGUUAUGGAAAAGUCCUUGCACAAGGUCCUGCAGAGGAUAUGUUUGCUGGUGAACGCUGACCGCUGCAGCUAUUUCGUUUACAGAGCGAGAAACGGGAUCCCUGAGCUUUCUACCUGUCUCUUUGAUGUUACCCCUACAUCGAAAUAUGAGACGAACCUGGUCAACCCUCAGUCUGAAAUUGUGUUCCCUACUGACAUUGGCAUAGUUGGACAAAUAGCAACCAUGAAAAAGCCAGCUAAUAUUCCGGAUGUGAAACAGAAUCCCCGAUUCAGUGACUUUGUGGACAAACAGACUGGAUACACCACUAAAAACAUACUGACUGCCCCCCUCAUGAAUGGAAAAGAUCCACUUGGUGUGGUUAUGGCGCUAAACAAAGUCGAAGGAAAUGAAUUCACCAAAGUAGAUGAAGACCUCUUCAACAAGUACAUCACUUUUGCCACAGCCAUCGCUCUACAGCAUCAUACUACAUACAUGUAUAAUGUGGAAUCUAGAAGAAGCCAGGUUCUUCUAUGGUCUGCCAGCAAAGUGUUUGAAGAGUUGACAGAUAUUGAGCGACAGUUUCACAAGGCCCUGUACACCGUGAGAACCUACCUCCUGUGUGAGAGGUACUCUGUUGGCCUCCUGGACAUGACCAAAGAAAAGGAGUUCUACGAUGAGUGGCCGAUUAAACUGGGAGAUGUGGAGCCAUACAAAGGCCCAAAGACACCUGAUGGCAGGGAAGUCAACUUCUACAAGAUCAUUGAUUAUCUUCUGGAAGCCAAAGAGGAGAUCAAAGUCAUACCGACUCCUCCUGUAGAUCACUGGGCACUUGUUAGCGGCCUUCCCACCUACGUGGCUGAAAACGGCUUUAUUUGUAACAUGAUGAAUGUUGCUGCUGAUGAAUACUUUACAUUCCAGAAAGAAGCCGUGGAUGAGUCAGGGUUCGUCAUCAAGAACGUCCUGUCCCUACCUAUUGUCAACAAGAAAGAAGAAAUUGUGGGUAUUGCCACUUUCUUCAACCGAAAAGAUGGCAAGCCAUUCGAUGAGCAGGAUGAACAAAUUACUGAAGCCCUUACUCAGUUUCUAGGAUGGUCUGUACUGAAUUGUGACACAUAUGACAGACUGAAUCGAAUGGAGUGGAAGAAAGAUAUUGCACAGGAAAUGGUCAUGUACCAGACCAAAGCCACCCCAGCUGAGGUCCAACAGAUUCUGAAUACAAAGGAGAAGUUCGACCAAAACCCUGAGGACUGCGAUCAGAAAGAAAUGUACAAACUCUUGAGAGCCAAUAUUCCAGAAGCCAAAGAUGUCGAUCUGCUAGAGUUUAGUUUUAGCGACUUUCCCCUUUCUGAGGUAGACCUUAUAAAGUGUGGAAUCCGCUGCUUCUUUGAACUUGGAGUGGUGGAGAAGUUCAAAGUGCCAGCAGAGGUCCUGACCAGAUGGAUGUACACAGUACGAAAAGGCUACAGAGACAUCACUUACCAUAACUGGAGGCAUGGGUUUAAUGUGGGCCAGACCAUGUUCUGCCUUCUGCAAACUGGAAAGCUAAGAAAAUACUACUCAGAUCUUGACGCCUUUGCAAUGGUAGCGGCUGCAUUCUGUCACGAUAUUGACCACAGGGGUACCAACAAUCUCUACCAGACAAAGAGCGCAUCGCCUCUGGCCAAGCUUCAUGGCUCCUCCAUCUUGGAAAGGCACCAUCUUGAAUACAGCAAAACUCUCAUGGCAGAAGAGAACGUUAACAUUUUCCAAAGUCUGCAGAAACGGCAGUUUGAAACAGUGCAGCACUUACAUGAUGUCUGCAUCAUUGCUACAGACCUGGCCUUGUAUUUCAAAAAAAGAACAAUGUUCCAGAAGAUCGUUGAUGCCACCGAACCAAUGAGUGAUGAGAAGGAAGCCAUUGCCUAUGUGGCCAACAACCCCAUAAGAAAGGAAAUCAUUAUGGCAAUGAUGAUGACUGGUUGUGAUUUGUCUGCCAUUACCAAGCCAUGGGAAGUCCAGAGCAAAGUGGCUCUUAUGGUGGCAGCUGAAUUCUGGGAGCAGGGAGACCUGGAGAGGACUGUACUUGACCAGCAACCCAUUCCCAUGAUGGACAGAAACAAGUCAGAUGAACUUCCGAAGAUGCAGUGUGGUUUCAUUGACUUUGUGUGCUCAUUUGUGUAUAAGGAAUUUUCAAGGUUCCACAAGGAGAUCACCCCCAUGUUUGAUGGCCUGAACAACAACAGGGUCCACUGGAAGGAGCUGGCUGAUAUUUACCAAGCUAAAGUAGACGCUUUGGAGAAUGAACGAAAAAAACUAGAAGAGGCAGAGUCUAAAAAAUCUGCUGGUGGGGAAGGUGGAGAUGGAAAGUCAAAAACCUGCACCAUAUUUUAAACAUUAUCCAUCAGAAAUCCAGAUCCAAAGAAGUCUGGGCUGGCUGGCAAACAUGGAGGUGAAACGUGCUCCUUUGAUCAUAUGUUUUCA